AUGGCAAGCGUUCCGUUCGAUGCCAAGGCAGACAGGACAGCGUAUGUGGAAGAGCUCACACGCGCACAUGAGAACGGCAUAUUCGAAGCGAACCGGGUCAAUAUUCGAGCCAUUCCCGACUGGGACGACGUGGAAGAUGCCAUCGAAGACAGUGAUGAGUCUGAGAAGGACGCUAUACGGCGCAAGUCGAAAAGGGCACCAGCGAAGCGACAAUAUUAUCGGACCGGGGCGGCAAGGUAA